AUGGAUUUGAUUUUAGAGGUUGCUGAUACGUUUUUAUUGGAUCACGUUUACGCAAAAGUAUUGCCUACUUCCUUGGCUUCGUAUGUGCCAGUUGAGUUGAUGAACAAGUUCAAUUUGAACUCAGGUAUGGCCAAUGCUACUAUGUUGUUGGAUCAUUUGAAUUCCAAUCGUGAAUCAAGGGUUUGUAGUGAGGUAUACGGUUAUACACCAUAUUUGACUGAUAUGACUAUGACUAGUUUCCAAUCUUUGUUACCACGUAGUAACAUGUUGAGGGAGUUUCUAUCUGUGUGGAUGAUUGUUACUGUCUUUGGAUGGCUUUUGUACUUUUCCGUGGCCUAUUUCAGUUAUUUGUUUAUUUUUGAUAGGUCUGUAUUUAAUCAUCCUCGUUAUUUGAAAAAUCAAAUGAUGUUAGAGAUUAAAUUGGCUACUUCUUCUAUCCCUUGGAUGUCCUUCUUGACUAGUUUCUGUUUCUCUUUUGAGUUGAAAGGUCACUCAAAGUUGUACACCGUUGUGGAUUUUGAAAAGAAUGGGUUACGUCAAAUAUUCGGUGAAAUAGUAUUGUUCAUUCUAUUCACUGAUUGUGGUGUCUAUUUAGCACACAGAUGGUUGCAUUGGCCAAGAGUUUACAAGGCUUUGCACAAACCACACCACAAAUGGUUGGUCUGUACUCCUUUUGCCUCACAUGCGUUCCAUCCUGUCGAUGGUUACAUCCAAUCUUUGCCUUACCAUAUCUACCCAUUAUUGAUGCCAUUAAACAAGUAUCUGUACUUGUUCUUGUUCACUUUCGUUAACUUCUGGACCAUCAUGAUCCAUGAUGCCAACCACAUGUACAACAAUCCUUAUGUUAAUGGUACUGCUUGUCACACUGUUCAUCAUUUGUACUUCAACUAUAACUACGGUCAAUUCACUACUUUGUGGGAUAGAUUGGGUGGCUCAUACAGAAGACCUGAAGAUGAAUUAUUCGAUCCAGAUAUGAUGAAGGACAAGAAAUCUAUUGAGGAACAAUUGAAGAGAGUUGACGCAAUGCAAAAAGAAGUUGAAGGUGAUGAUGAAAGAGAGUAUAAUUCUGAUAAUAAUGCUUCUGAAAAGAAGAAUAACUAA